UUGGUGUUUUAAUGCUGGGUUUCCUUAUUUUUGAUAAUGAAUUUACAUGACGUGUUUCCCACAAACGCGAUUAAUGAUUGUUCCAUAUUAUCUCGACCAGGGAAUAAAUUAGUCAAUUAGUAUAAAAUCUACUGUGUAAUUGUAAACACACUUAGUGCAGUGUUUUUUUGCUAAACUGUAAAUUCUGUAUGUUUUCCAAGAUGCUGAUAGGGUUACUAAUAAUUGUGACCCUUCAACUAUUCUACUCUGAAUCUGCCUCGGUGGUUACAGCAGGACUUCCAGGUACGUGCAACACCACGGAUGGACAAGUGGGUGAAUGUGUGCAGAAUUAUCUUUGCGACCGUCACACCAACACUGUAGUAGAAGACGGCUCCAAUGUUAUUGACGUCAGAUUUAAUAAAGACGACACUACCUGCCCCCUGCCGAUGGUGUGCUGCAAGGUGGCUGGAAAUGAUACUCGAAGAGACGGAUUUCAUCCUUCCCAGGCUGGUAACCAAAGUUCGCAGCUGGUGAUUGACAACUUCUCGCCCCCUAUAGCCUGCACGACCAGCGAUGGAAAUCCUGGCGAAUGUGUACCCAGUAACUUAGCUAAACUACUCUCAGACACUGUCGUAGAUGACGGGUCUUACAUACUGGACUCGAGAACAGGUAUUAGUGACUCCUGCCCUUAUCCAUUGACUUGCCUACAAAUAACCAACGAUAAGGAAGAUGAUCGUGAUGACACCCCACGAGAGAAACCCAAUUUCUUUUCUUACGUCAGGAUGGCGCGCUCGAGUGACCGCCAAGGGUGCGGCUGGAGAAAUGAGAACGGGAUUCAAGUUAACUCGAAUGUCAGUUUAACAGACGAUCAUGCGAGACCGGGAGAGUUCCCGUGGGUCGUGAGCAUUAUGAGGUUAGAAUCAGCAAAAGACAAAAAUGUCCUAUUCGAGUACUUGGGCGGUGGUUCGUUGAUUCAUCACAGGGCUGUCCUCACUGCAGCACACGUAUUCGAAGGCAUCUCGAACGAUACCAACCUGUACGUGGUAGUUGGGGAUUUUUACCAAAGAACCGAGUCUGUGCUACCUAGAAAGGUCAUUAGGGUUGAGAAGGUGCAAAUACACGAAGGAUAUAUAAGAGAUGUACUGAUCAACAACUACGCUCUCGUAUUCCUGGUGAAGCCUGCAGUCGUAGCUUCGCACGUCAACUUCGUAUGUCUGCCGCCGAAGUCCGUAGAAAUGGCCACCGGCAGUAAAUGCAUAUCCAGUGGUUGGGGAAAAAAUGGAUUAGAUGAACACCAGUACAUUAUGAACAAGGUGGAGUUGCCGCUGGUGGACCGGGAGUCGUGUCAGACGCAACUCAGACCUCUAGAGAUGAUGGGGCCGUACUUCAUACUUGACGAUUCGUUCAUGUGUGCCCUGGGGGAGGCCAGUGUGGAUUCUUGCAAGGGCAGCGGUGGAUCACCUCUGGUUUGCCCGAUGCAGGACCAACCCGGUCGGUACAUGUUGAGCGGCAUGGUCACAUUCAGUACUAACUGCAGCUUCGACCGCUACCCGUCUAUGUACGCGCGGGUGGCGAGCGCGCGCCAAUGGAUCGACGACAAGAUGGCCGACAACGGAUAUCCGAUCACUAGCUACACGGACUAUUAACGCCAUUAAAAUUAUAAUUAUGAUUGAAAAAGAAAUAAACUUUUUCUGUUUGUUUGUAGAUUGUGUAUUAUUGAUAAAGUGAUUGCCAAUGACAACGUACCAUAUCCUUUCUCUAUGUGCUACAGAGCUGGAAGGUGCCCAUAAGAACUAUUUUUAUAUAGUCACUAGGUACUGCAUUCUGUUUGUGCUCGUUGUAUCACGACCUUUUUAAGGUAGGCAGGUGGGGCUGUCCUUUAUUCCCGCGGGGUUUGCCACCGGAGGACCUUAAUAUUGACCAUAUUUAACUAGGACUCGAAAAGUCCUGACAAAAAGCCGGACAUUCCGAUAAAAGUCCGGAUAUUUUAGUCACAAAAUGCAAACAUCACCCACUUAGUUACAGUGAUAUUAUACGCGUGGUAGCAGACGCGGGGGGGGGUCUCGUUUUUGAUUUUUAAGAUGAUUUAUAUUUUGUUUUAAUGAGAACUUAAUAAUGAUUGUUUAACUUAUUUGAUAUAACUUAAUAAUUAGUUUUACUUUCAAUCUAAUUUAAAAAAAACUGUACAAAUUAAAAAGCCGGACAAAUCCAGACGGAUGGUAACCCUAGCUAGGACGAAGAAUCUCGCUACCUACGCUUCGAUAUAUAAUUACCUAAUUAAGUUUAUUAUUAUUUUUAUUUGUAUGCUCACAUUUAAUAAUACCUAAUAAAGAAGCUUUAAUAUUAUUUUAAUAUGGUAAAUGAACCCGUCGAGUGUGUUGCGCAAAUUCAGUCUGUCUCAUAAAAAGCCAAGUAUUUUGAGCGUGAAACGGAACGUAAAAAAAGCGCGGGAAUACAAUAAGGCUAGUUUCAUUUGUGUGUUCGGUCCUUAUAUUUUUAUUUAGCCAUCAUGCCGUACACAGGAGAGCACCGCGCUAAUUGCGUGCGUGCGGUUUUUGAGAUAGUCGCUCGCUCAUUUACGUGCGUCAUCUAUUUCAACUUCACUAUUGUUUUUUUUAUGCUGAACAGGCAAGGCGUUUGACCUCAAUCUCGCCUGAUGGAAAGCGAUGAUGAAGCCUAGGAAGGGUCACGCCUGUCUAGAAGAUGCCUGUUCACUCUGGUCUUGAAGAUGUCCGGAUUAUAUUGGUCCGGGAAAACAGACCUCGGCAAGGAGUUCCACUCCCUAGCCGUUCGCAUAAUGAAAGCGGAAUAUUGUUCAGGCGCCAAGCAAUGCAACCAUAGUCUCGUGAAUCCAGAGCUUUUAACACUUCCGUAGGAAAUAAGCCAUCUGCCUUUUCUGGACAAGUACCUACCUUUCGCGUUAUAAUAAAGCAGUAGUGAAUCUCUUAAUAGCUCGGUGAUUAUCGCUUCCAUCUGUCAAAAGCUAUAAGCGAAUAGUCCUUGGGAUACUUAACUGUCUCCAAUUCUCGUAAAAAGGCCGGAUCGACAAGUCAUUGUAGUUCAGCCCCCUAGUAUGAGCACCACGUUAUCAUCAUCAUCAUCAGCCUAUUGAUGUCCCCACUGCUGGGGCACAG